AUGCCAAAGAAAACUCAGGGGUCGUCUUCUAGAUCAACGCCAUUGUUUGAUAUUAGAUUGAAAAAUCUUGAACACGACGUUUUGGUCUUGAAAGGGAACGAACACGAUGCUGCCUCUGCUCUAUUAGCAGGUAACAUUGUGUUGUCAGUCAAUGAACCAAUCUCAAUUAAGAAGAUCACUCUUCGAUUAUACUCAACUUUAAGACUAAAAGCGGACAUCACAUCUUCCAACCCAAGAAUCAAUGGACGAUCUAUUAAUUUCACAAAAAAACUAUAUGAACACGUUUGGGAUCCACAGGAAUUCAACAAAUAUUUAAACAAUAUGUAUUCCAAUAGUAUAUCGUCACAAACUGUUAGCUCUUCUGGAUUAAGCAGAAGCCAUUCAUCUUCAUCCUUGUUUGGUGGGUUCAGAUCCAAGUCGUCCAUGAGUCUUUCCAAUUUAACCGGAUCUUCAGCCAAUUUAAGUGCAUUAUCUUCACCUAAUAAUAAUAAUAAUAAUAAUAAUAAUCAAAACAGUACAAAUAAACCCAAUUCUAAUGGUUAUGUAUUGGUACAAGGAAAUUACGAAAUUCCAUUCAGCUCCAUUUUGCCAGGAAAUUUACCAGAGUCAAUUGAAGGUUUACCAGGAUGUUCAAAUAUUUAUCGAUUGGAAGCUACAAUUGAUCGUGGCAAGUUCCAUAGUUCAUUGGUUGCUAAAAAACACGUCCGUGUAGUGCGUACUUUGACUACAGAUGCGGUAGAGUUAUCCGAAACCAUAGCCGUGGAUAAUACGUGGCCCAAGAAAGUGGAAUAUUCUUUGAGUUGUCCAAGUAGGGCAUUAGCGAUUGGAUCCGGUACACCAAUUAGUUUUAUGCUUGUCCCUUUGUUAAAAGGUCUACAAUUGGGUGAUAUAAAAAUUGAAUUGGUGGAAAAUUAUACAUAUGUUGGUGCUUUACCUCCAUACCAAAAUGCCGAAAGAACGAUCGUUGAAAAGAAAAUCCCCAAACCCGAUCCAGAUACAUUGUUUGAUAAAUGGGAAAUUGACACCUUUUUAAGAAUUCCGGCUAGUCUUUCUAAAUGUACCCAAGAUGUUGACUUGUUAAAUCAUGUUAAAGUCAGACAUAAAUUGAAAUUUACCAUUGGUUUGAUUAACCCGGAUGGUCAUGUUUCCGAAUUAAGAGCAACUUUACCUAUUCAAUUAUUCAUCUCACCUUUUGUUACUGUUAGUUCAAGACAUGACGAUGAACUUUCUGAUCAUGGUGUAGAAGAUAUUUUGUUCACCAGUGACUCGUUUGAUCACUUGUCGUCAUUGGAUAACCAAGGAGCAAUUAAUUCCAACAACAGUUCACAUACGUCAUUAACAGGAUUAGUCGCACCUCCAUUGUAUGAAAAACAUAUUUACGAUAGAUUAUGGUCAGAUAUUUCUCCAGUCGAAACACCAAUGACAUCUGGAGCAACAACACCAAGAAGCAGACCGGGUGAAAGAAUUGGUGUUGAUUAUAGUCAGUUUUCAAUGUCUCCAUUGGACUCACAAGCUUUGACAGAAAACUUGAGGCAAUUAAGUAUCCAAAGAGCUGCCCAAGAAGCAGAUGAAAGUGGCAACAAUAGUAGUGGAAAUGCAUCAGGAGUCACUAGUCCUAGAAUUCGUGCAACAUUCAAUUUGGAAGAUGAUGACAAUGCCAGUAUCCAUAGUCGCUCAUCAACUUCAGGUAAUAAUACCAGCAACAAUAGAAAUUAUAACACUAGCGAUGUUGUCGCACCAACAGCAAGAAGACCAGGUUUGACAAGAUCGAACUAUAGUUUCUUGCAGGACCGAUUAAUGACUCCACCAGUACAUAUUUCAAGAGUUAACUCAGAUACCAAUAUCAAAAGUCCGGUAGAAAUGGCACAAGUUCCUUCGUAUUUUGAAGCAAUGAAGGAAGAAAAUGUGGGUGAUGAUCUUUCUCCAGCAUAUGAACCACCAUUGCCUGGAUCACAUAUAAAUCUAGCUGAAUUGAAUCGUAACUUGCUAAAUCUUGAGAGAAAUAGGAAACCUGUAUUAUCUCGAGGUUCUAGUUCAGUGAAGUUGUCAUCUAGAGGGUCAUCUCAAAAUUCAUCACCAUCUAGUUCGAGAAAUGUAUCCACCACCAACUUAUUUGGAUUAUCAACAUCACCAAAUACUCAACUGCAAAGUGUUGGAAAAUUAUCAAGUAGUGCUACAGAUAGAACAGGUGGUGUACCAAUGAGAACAAGUUCGAGUUUGAGUUUACAUAAUUUACAUUUCUUGAAUAAGAAAAAGGACAAGAAAUGA